UGAUGAAGAGAAACCUCUGGUGCCAGAUCUUCAUCAACACCAAGUUGAAGUUGGAGCUCUUCCAACCAGCUCAGCYACUGGUGGAGAGUUUUGUAAAGGAGCAGAAAUGUCAAGAAAUGAUACAGACUCUUCAGAAACUGAAGUCAGUGAGGAUGAUGAAGAGGAUGUUGUGAACAAUCCCAGCUCUCAGCUCAAACACUUAUCAGACUCUGGGUCAAACACUGAAGACAGUGAUGAAGACUGGGAGGAGAGCAGUGCUUCUGAAUCAGAUGUAAACGAUGUCAACAAAAGUGGACAGAAUUUAUUUUGUUGUGAUCUUUGUGGGCGGAGUUUCAGCAUCAAGGGAAAUUUAACCAGACACAUGAAAAUUCACACUGGACAAAAACCGUUUUGUUGUAACGUUUGUGAACAAAGGUUUAGUGACAAGAGUGGUUUAAAAACACACAUGAGAAGUCACACAGGACAGAAGCCAUUUAGUUGUGAUCUGUGUAAAAGAAGUUUUAGCCAGAAAGACAAUUUAAACAGACACAUGAGGAUCCACAUGGGACAGAAGCCAUUUGCUUGUGAUAUGUGUGAGCAAAGGUUUAGCCAAAAAGGCAGUUUAGUCGGACACAUUAGAACUCACACUGGAGAGAAGCCAUUUGGGUGUGAACUUUGUGACCGAAGGUUUACAUUAAAAGCCUCUUUAAACAGACACACAAAAAGUCACACAGAACAGAAGCUUUUCAGCUGUGAUCUGUGUGAACGAAGGUUCACUCUAAAAAGAAGCUUAAAGAAGCACAUGACCAGACAUGAAGGACAGAAGCCAUUUUUUCAUGGUCCUUCCGAACAGACCUGUUCCCUAAAGGGCAAUUUAAAAAAAGAAAUUCAAAUCCAUUCAGGACAGCUGUAUUGUUGUAAUCUGUGCGAUCGAAAGUUUCCCCUAGUGGACAGUUUAAAGAGACACAGGAAAACUCAUUCACAGAAGCCAUUUUGUUGUGACGUCUGUAAACGAAAGUUUUCUCUAGAGGCCAAUUUAAACAGACACAUGAGAAGCCACACAGAACGGAAGAUGUUUGGUUGUGAUCUUUGUGAGCGAAAGUUUACCCUAAGUAGCAGCUUAAACGCACACAUGAAAAUCCACACCAGACAGAAGCCAUUCCGCUGCGAUCUGUGUGAGCUAAGGUUCACACUGAAGGUCAAUUUAAACAGACACAUGAAAAUUCAUACAGAACAGAAACUCUUUUGUUGCGAUCUGUGUGAACAAAGGUUUACUCUAAAGGUCAAUUUGAUCAAACACAUGCAAACCCACACGGAACAGCAACUGUUUUGUUGUGAUCUGUGUAACCGAAGGUUUACCCUGGAGGUCAAUUUAAACAAACACAUGAGAAUCCACACAGGAAAUAAAGCAGUGAUUUGCAAUGACUCCUAGGUGAGAUGAGGAAAAGUCCUUUUUGAUUAGCAUUUUCCUUAUGUUCGUAUACACUUUUCAAAUAAAUUAAGAUUACGGUCACUUUGAACAAUUUGGGAAAGAUGCGAUGACGUCAUGGUUUUGGAAACUUCAGAAACAUAUUUGUUUGCUUCAUAGUUGAUAUUGUGUGCGUUAUAGAGAACAGCACAGUAGGUUUUUGUUUUUUGUUUUGUUUUGUUGUUUUUUCAUUUUAAAGACUUCUUGGAUGCAGUGAAAAUAAUAAACAUGCACUGAUUUUUUACAGCCAAGUAUCACAAAUAAACACUGAGAUGUAUGUCCGAGUAUAAAGUGAUUAGUCUGAGAACAUAAUUGCAUCAUCUGUCUCCAUAACACCAAUAUAAAAUGUGUUUACACCAA